GGAAAGUGGGAGGGGCGGGAAAGGGGCGGUCGGAACAUGGCGGACCAGAUCCCGCUUUACCCGGUGCGUAGCGCAGCGGCGGCCGCAGCCAACCGCAAACGCGCGGCCUACUACAGCGCCGCGGGGCCCAGGCCGGGAGCCGACCGGCACAGCAGGAACGAGCAUCCGGCACCCUUGUGCAUGUACCCUACAAUGACUGCCAGGCUUGGAUGGAUGUCCCCACUCCUGACUUGGUCUGCCCUGACACCACCUGGGCAAUGGGGAGAGUGUCUUCCUACGGCUGGGGAGUGUGGGAGUCCAGGCUUCACGCACUCUUUGCUGUUCAAUGUAGGUACCAGCUGGAGGAUGAGUCUGCGCAUUUGGAUGAAAUGCCACUAAUGAUGUCUGAAGAAGGCUUUGAGAAUGAGGAAAGUGAUUACCACACCUUACCACGAGCCAGGAUAAUGCAAAGGAAAAGAGGACUGGAGUGGUUUGUCUGUGAUGGCUGGAAGUUCCUCUGUACCAGUUGCUGUGGUUGGCUGAUAAAUAUUUGUCGAAGAAAGAAAGAACUGAAAGCUCGUACAGUAUGGCUUGGAUGUCCUGAAAAGUGUGAAGAAAAACAUCCCAGGAAUUCUAUAAAAAAUCAAAAAUACAAUGUGUUUACCUUUAUACCUGGGGUUUUGUAUGAACAAUUCAAGUUUUUCUUGAAUCUCUAUUUUCUAGUAAUAUCCUGCUCACAGUUUGUACCAGCAUUGAAAAUAGGCUAUCUCUACACCUACUGGGCUCCUCUGGGAUUUGUCUUGGCUGUUACUAUGACACGGGAAGCAAUUGAUGAAUUUCGGCGUUUUCAGCGUGACAAGGAAGUGAAUUCACAACUAUAUAGCAAGCUUACAGUAAGAGGUAAAGUGCAAGUUAAGAGUUCAGACAUACAAGUUGGAGACCUCAUCAUAGUGGAAAAGAAUCAAAGAAUUCCAUCGGACAUGGUGUUUCUUAGGACUUCAGAAAAAGCAGGUUCGUGUUUUAUUCGAACUGAUCAACUAGAUGGUGAAACUGACUGGAAGCUGAAGGUGGCAGUGAGCUGCACGCAACGGCUGCCGGCUCUGGGGGACCUUUUUUCUAUCAGUGCUUAUGUUUAUGCUCAGAAACCACAAAUGGACAUUCACAGUUUCGAAGGCACAUUUACCAGGGAAGACAGUGACCCGCCCAUUCAUGAAAGUCUCAGCAUAGAAAAUACAUUGUGGGCAAGCACCAUUGUUGCAUCAGGUACUGUAAUAGGUGUUGUCAUUUAUACCGGAAAAGAGACUCGAAGUGUAAUGAACACAUCCAAUCCAAAAAAUAAGGUUGGUUUGUUGGACCUUGAACUCAAUCGGCUGACGAAAGCGCUAUUUUUGGCUUUAGUUGCUCUUUCCAUUGUUAUGGUAACCUUACAAGGAUUUGUGGGUCCAUGGUACCGCAAUCUUUUUCGGUUCCUUCUCCUCUUUUCUUACAUCAUUCCCAUAAGUUUGCGUGUGAACUUGGACAUGGGCAAAGCGGUGUAUGGAUGGAUGAUGAUGAAAGAUGAGAACAUCCCUGGCACGGUCGUUCGGACCAGCACUAUCCCAGAAGAACUUGGGCGCCUGGUGUAUUUAUUGACAGACAAAACAGGAACCCUCACCCAGAAUGAAAUGAUAUUUAAGCGGCUGCACCUGGGCACCGUGUCCUAUGGCGCCGACACGAUGGAUGAGAUCCAGAGCCAUGUCAGGGACUCCUACUCACAGAUGCAGUCUCAAGCUGGUGGAAACAAUACUGGUUCAACUCCACUAAGAAAAGCCCAAUCUUCAGCUCCCAAAGUUAGGAAAAGUGUCAGUAGUCGAAUCCAUGAAGCCGUGAAAGCCAUCGUGCUGUGUCACAACGUGACCCCCGUGUAUGAGUCUCGGGCCGGCGUUACUGAGGAGACUGAGUUUGCAGAGGCUGAUCAAGACUUCAGUGAUGAGAAUCGCACCUACCAGGCUUCCAGCCCGGAUGAGGUCGCUCUGGUGCAGUGGACAGAGAGUGUGGGCCUCACGCUGGUCAGCAGGGACCUCACCUCCAUGCAGCUGAAGACCCCCAGUGGCCAGGUCCUCAGCUUCUGCAUUCUGCAGCUGUUUCCCUUCACCUCCGAGAGCAAGCGGAUGGGCGUCAUCGUCAGGGAUGAAUCCACGGCAGAAAUCACAUUCUACAUGAAGGGCGCUGACGUGGCCAUGUCUCCUAUCGUGCAGUAUAAUGACUGGCUGGAAGAGGAGUGCGGAAACAUGGCUCGCGAAGGACUGCGGACCCUCGUGGUUGCAAAGAAGGCGUUGACAGAGGAGCAGUACCAGGACUUUGAGAGCCGAUACACUCAAGCCAAGCUGAGCAUGCACGACAGGUCCCUCAAGGUGGCCGCGGUAGUCGAGAGCCUGGAGAGGGAGAUGGAACUGCUGUGCCUCACCGGCGUGGAGGACCAGCUGCAGGCAGACGUGCGGCCCACGCUGGAGAUGCUGCGCAACGCCGGGAUCAAGAUAUGGAUGCUAACAGGCGAUAAACUCGAGACAGCUACCUGCAUUGCCAAAAGUUCACAUCUGGUGUCUAGAACACAAGAUAUUCAUAUUUUCAGACAGGUAACCAGUCGGGGAGAGGCACAUUUGGAGCUGAAUGCAUUUCGAAGGAAGCAUGAUUGUGCACUAGUCAUAUCUGGGGACUCUCUGGAGGUUUGUCUAAAGUACUACGAGCAUGAAUUUGUGGAGCUGGCCUGCCAGUGCCCUGCCGUGGUUUGCUGCCGCUGCUCGCCCACCCAGAAGGCCCGCAUUGUGACACUGCUGCAGCAGCACACAGGGAGACGCACCUGCGCCAUCGGUGAUGGAGGAAAUGAUGUCAGCAUGAUUCAGGCAGCAGACUGUGGGAUUGGGAUUGAGGGAAAGGAGGGUAAACAGGCCUCGCUGGCGGCCGACUUCUCCAUCACGCAGUUCCGGCACAUAGGCAGGCUGCUCAUGGUGCACGGGCGGAACAGCUACAAGAGGUCGGCGGCACUCGGCCAGUUUGUCAUGCACAGGGGCCUUAUCAUCUCCACCAUGCAGGCUGUGUUUUCCUCAGUCUUCUACUUCGCAUCCGUCCCUUUGUAUCAGGGCUUCCUCAUGGUGGGGUAUGCCACCAUAUACACCAUGUUCCCAGUGUUCUCCUUAGUGCUGGACCAGGACGUGAAGCCAGAGAUGGCGAUGCUCUACCCGGAGCUGUACAAGGACCUCACCAAGUUCGCCAAGGUAGCGCAGACUGCAGCACUCUGCGUUGUUGUCUGAUGAUCGGGGCAGCUGGAGACUGGAUGUGCCAACGCAGUUUAUCCACACCGGUCAGUGUCAGUGGACACCAAGUCCCCAGUCCGUCGGCUCAAGCUCCUGCGAUGUAGGACAACAUAGCCCUGCUCUCAACAAGUCUGUAUUCUAGUCAGGAUGAGAAAGCAGUGAAUCAGUGGCAUAGAGCAACAGCAUAAAGGGCCGCGGCCUGCAGUGUGAGUAACAACAGCAUAAAGGGCCACAGCCUGCAGUGUGAGUAACAACAGCAUAAAGGGCCGCGGACUGAAAUGUGAGUGGCUGACUGGUGAGUGCCGGUCCAGUCAGUUCUGAGUCACAUAUCUCAGGUCACCGUAAAUUUAUAAAAUACCUUCAGAGGCGAGCCAGGGAGGCAAGGCAUGCAUUCCCUGCACACAGGAGAAGACUCAAUUGGAAAGAAAAUCUCUUUUUUAUGUGUAUUUGAUAACCAGUCUUUAUAAUCUAAAAGUACAAAUAAGGCACGCAUUAUAAAUCUCACUUAUUGUCCUAAUGAGUUAGCCAACCUCAAGUAUAAACAUUUGUCCCCUGCUGUGUCUCGAUGGCCUGAGCCACGCGUCGACACAGUAUCUGUUAAGUAAGUAUUUGAUAAACAAAUGAGGCAGUGAAUGAAUCAGUUAAACCAAGAGUCAGGAUUUCCUUCGCUUUCCUAAAACUAUGUAGCUUUUAUUCUUUACAGAAAAUGGUAUAUUUGCAACACUAUUUUGUUGUUCUUUUGAAGCUCAAAUUCUGCUUUGAAUUAUUAAACUUUACUCACGAUGAGUUCAGGCACUUAAUUUUCUGGAUGCCAGUAAGACGGGAAACUGACCUACUCAUCUCUCUCCUAACUCUGCACAUGUCUUCAUUCAUUCUGAAUGGUGUGUAACCGCUUAGAGAAGCUAGUUACUCCAAGAUCCAGGCAUCAGGACUAGUAAGGUGACCCUGGUUAACUGAGCCAGCUCACGUGGUCCCAAAAUAUCUCAGACUGUGGCUGUGAAUUUUGUUACCAAUUCAUAAUCUUACAUUACCAGCUAACUCCAGAGACAUUUGAUUUGUAGUUGUGCUAAUUGUAAAGAUAUCAAGUAGGUAAUAUACAGUUCUUCAUGAAAUCUUUGGUGCCAUUAGGUAUUGAACCAUUCGGACCCCUUCACUAUUUUUUAUUUUCUGUAGAAUACUCUCAAAUGGUUUUAUCUUUUGAAAUGUAUAUUUGUAUACUUAUAUUCUUUUCAAAAUAAUAGUGAAUAAGACAAUAAAAGGAAAUUUAAAACAUUGAGAUUAGGAAGGAGGAAAUAAAAAUAUCUCUGUUUGUGG